AUGGUUACUGAAAACGGUUAUGGUCGAUAUACUAGGUCCAUGGAGACACUGGAUCUCGUGAACGAGAUCGCCGGGCUUUUGCAGGAGGUGGGCGACUCGGCGGAGGCAGAGAAGCUGUAUCGCCGCGUGCUCGCUGGUCGCGAGGCACUCGAUGGAAGUCGUGGCGACACGCUAAGUGCACGGAAGCCUACUUGCCAUCAUGAUCAGCCGGCGAUUGCUCUCUUCUUGGAUGGCCAUUUUGGCGCAGAUGGUCUUGUGUCUGACGCGGCCCCUCCCAUUCAGCUGGAGAUGCUGCGCGUGUGGAAGGCUUCCGGAGAGGAGCUGCCAUUGGAUGCUCUUGGAACUGAGGAGAGGCUCUCCGUGCGGGAGCUGAAGUCACGACUGGAGCCCUUGUGUGGCCAUCCGCGCUUCCAGCAGCGACUUCUCCACUUGAGAGGCUGGUCAAACUCCACCUCCCUCAGCGGCUCUCUGGACGAUAGUGAGAUCUUGCACGGAGAUGUGGAGUUGACUUUGAUCUGCCAAUCCUAUGCGGAAACGACCCAGCAACAGAUAGAGGCGCUCGUUGCUGCAGCCGCACGCGGCCUUCUGUUCCAGGUUGAGGAGCUGCUCUCCAGACCACAGGAUCCGAACCUUAGUUGCGCAAACAACAGUGAUUUCACAACUCCGCUUGGCAUGGCGGUUCGGUCAGGUCACGUGGGGAUGGUUCGUUUGCUGUUGGAGGCUCAUGCAGACCCCUCCCAGGGGUUCGGAGAGCAGGAGGAGAGUGGGUGGUUGCACGAGACGCCCCUCAGCACCGCGGUCUCCCGCAAUGAUUUGGAAAUCGUACAGGCACUCCUGACAGCAAGGGCCGACGCAAACCAGGAGUUCGAUCAGAGCGGGAUGGAAAAGACCGCGUUAGGCGAGGCCUGUUUCAGUGGCUUCGAGGACGUGGCACGUGCGCUGCUAUCGGCGCGGGCCAACCCGCGGCAGUGCCACUACAACUGGCCUCACGACAUCUUCGCCUCUCCGCUCUUAGUGGCCGUCCGCGUGGGCCAGCUGAAGAUCGUGCGUCUCUUACUGGAAGCACGCGCCCGCUGUGACAUGGACAGCCCGCCUCCGUUGGCAGCAGCUUGUCAGAGUCAGAGACGCCACGCGGGAAUUGUCGACGCCCUUCUCAGUGCCCGGGCGGACCCGCGGCAAGAAUUUGGACAUGGACAGUGGCGCAGCUCACCAAUCGGCGUAGCAUUGUCCAUGGGCCAUUUCGAGAUCGCCAGGAUGAUGGAGCAUCGCCGUGAUGAAACAAGUGUACGUCAGCAAGGUGAUGAAGGAUACGUAUGUUCCCACGUCUGUACUCCCAGCUCUUCGAGCACGUGA